UCUCUUACUUUUUUUGUUUAGAUUUGAUCUGCGAGCUUUUCGAUGGACUCAAAUGAUGAUAUUUGCAAUUGAAGAAAUCAACAGAGAUCCUGCUCUCCUUACAAACAUAUCUCUUGGUUACAGGAUUCUUGACUCUUGUGCAUCUCCCACYAAUACUUUACGUGCUACACUAACUCUUGCUAGUCAACCAAAUAAGAUCAAGUCAGCUCCUCUUUGUUCACCAGCCCUAUCUGCUCUUGUAGCAGAGUCAGGGUCCUCUCRGUCCCUUGCUAUUGCUGCAACCCUCGGACCAUUUCAAAUACCAAUAGUAAGUUAUUUCUCAACAUGUGCUUGCCUCAGUGAUAGAGCUAAGUUUCCUACCUUUUUUCGGACUAUCCCAAGUGAUUACUUCCAGGCGAAAGCUUUGGCAGCACUCAUUAGACAUUUUGGCUGGGAGUGGAUUGGAGCCAUACAGUCAGACAAUGAUUAUGGAYGAAAUGGCAUCCUGGCUUUUAAAGAGGAAGUUGAAAAGUUUGGAGUUUGUAUUGCUUUUGUUGGGACAGUUCUACGUACAUACCCUGUAGAAAAGAUUCUUCAAGUUGUGGAAAUGAUCAAACAAUCAACUGUCAAAGUAAUUGUUGCUUUUSUUYCUGAGGGGGACUUUUACCCUUUAAUGGAAGAAAUUGUCAAGCAGAAUCUUACAGGAUUUCAGUGGAUUGCAAGUGAAGCAUGGAUAACAGCUACUCGACCCUCCACACCUGAAAUGUACCAGACUUUUGGUGGGGCUCUGGGUUUUGYGACUCUGCCAGGCUACCCCUUCCCUCUGGCCUCCACACCACCACCACUGUCCAAGCCCCGGGGGGAAGACGUUACUCCUAAAUCCUAA